CAACAUGGCGGCAGUUAGUGUUCGAAAGAAACACCGCAGUUAGCAAGCUAGCGGACUGUCCAAGAGAAGAAAGAUUAGUAUCCGUGAAGAGGGAGCAGCUGAAAUAAACGGUGCUUUAUCAGAGAAAACGAAGUGACGUUAAAAUCAAGGACAUAAAAGCAAACAAAAUUGGAACGCAUCCUGUUUUGCAGAUCACUGCUCUAAUUGCCAGCAGCAGUGAUGUCCCUUACAGACCCCAACUCCGAUUCUGCACCCUUCUUCUCGGACGACAAUGAGGGUGAGGAGUCUGGUGAACCAAAGACAGAGCUGGCAAAUGAGGAGGAGCCUGUCAGUGGGGUGACCGAUCGGAGGGCAAUUUUGACAGUGGGUGUGCUCUGCUUCAUCAACCUGCUCAACUACAUGGACAGAUUCACUGUGGCUGGUGUUCUUCCAGAUAUUGAGCAGUUCUUUGGAAUUGAUGACAGCAUGUCAGGGCUGUUGCAGACAGUGUUUAUCUGCAGUUACAUGUUUCUGGCUCCAGUGUUUGGUUACUUUGGAGACCGGUACAACAGGAAGCUGAUCAUGUGCGUGGGCAUCACUUUCUGGGCUGUCGUCACGCUGGCCAGCUCCUAUAUUCCUAAAGGCUAUUUUGGAAUCCUGUUGUUAACUCGAGGUCUGGUGGGAGUAGGUGAGGCCAGCUACUCCACCAUUGCCCCCACCAUCAUCGCUGAUCUGUUCAUCAAAGAGAAGCGAACAAGAAUGCUCUCAGUCUUCUACUUCGCCAUCCCCGUGGGCAGUGGUCUUGGUUACAUUGUGGGGUCAAAAGUAGAUGAUUUGGCACAGGACUGGCACUGGGCACUCAGGGUGACUCCAGGUCUGGGUCUUAUAGCAGUGCUGCUGUUGAUCACAGUGGUGAGAGAGCCCAAGAGAGGAGCCAUCGAGGCACGGCCUGAGCACAGCCUGCACAGAACCAGCUGGGCUGCCGACAUCCGGGCCCUAGCCAAGAAUCCCAGCUUCAUGCUGUCCACCUUUGGGUUCACCGCCGUGGCCUUUGUGACAGGGUCACUGGCCCUCUGGGCCCCUACCUUCCUCUUACGGGCUGCCAUCUUUACAGGGGAGAAAGCCCCAUGCUUCUCUGGGCCUUGUGAUACCUCCGACAGCCUGUAUUUUGGGAUAAUCACCUGUGUGACUGGGGUGCUGGGUGUGGGCACUGGUGUAGAGGUGAGCAGGAGGCUCAGGCAGAGGACCCCUCGGGCCGACCCCCUGGUGUGUGCCGCUGGCCUCCUCCUCGCAGCCCCCUUCCUCUACCUCUCCAUCGUCUGCGCCCAGGCCAGCACCAUUGCCACUUACGUGUUCAUAUUCCUCGGAGAGACCUUCCUGUCAAUGAACUGGGCCAUUGUUGCUGACAUACUUUUGUAUGUAGUCGUCCCGACGCGCCGCUCCACGGCUGAAGCUUUGCAGAUCGUUGUAUCUCACCUGUUUGGAGAUGCAGGGAGCCCCUACCUCAUUGGAGUGCUGUCAGACUCCCUGCACAAGUCGGACUCAUACCUGUGGCAGUUCCGCUCCCUCCAGCUCUCCCUCCUGCUCUGUGCCUUUGUGGCUGUAGCGGGCGGGGGCUUCUUCCUGGCUACCGCCUUGUUCAUCGAGAGAGACCGCCACCUUGCUGAGAACUAUGCACAUUCAGAUGAUGAACCAAUUGUUGUGCCUAAGAGAGGCAGGUCCACAAAAGUACCUGUGUCCAGCGUUUUAAUUUGACAAGAGAGAAGGGACGUGGGAAGAUCUGCUCUGUUUGGGGAGAACUGCAUACUGUUUGCUUUCACAGAUGUAACUGGGGGAGCUUCCAGUCAAUUUCACUGCGGUGUUAGGAUGAUCACUAAUUGGACUGUUUCCUAUUUAGGGAAUUUUUUAUGAUUAUUUAUUACUAUUGUAAUUUUUUUUGUUUAUAUUGCGGUUACUACUUAUUUUGGUUGGGGAACACUCAGACCUGGUUGAACAUUUUAAAUGGCAAUUUAGUAAAAAAAAAUGCAGAGCUUAUGAAAUUUAGUUUAGAAUAGCUAUACUACUUCCUGUACAUUGUUAUUUCUGUAAAUCUGUCUGUAUGUCACCCUGUCACUUUUCUACAGUGAAAAGCAUUAUUAAACUGACUGGGCUGGCAGAAAAUGCACGUUUCUGAAGAUAAAGCCGUGGCUAGAGAGAUACUGAAAUACAUACAGUGACAGAGUACUGAACAGGAAGAUGGGUUAGCAGAAAAAACAUCCGUUAAUACUGAGGCAAGGCUGUUAAGAGUAUAUUGGGUAGUUGGAGUGUAAAUGGUUGAAUAGCACAGUACUGCAAUUGAGUAGCCACAGCUAUAAUGAGAGUUUAGGGUGAUUUGAGGGGUUUUAAGUUCACAGUCGUCCCCCGUGCUCUCACCUCACAGUGACGGGGUUUUGGCUAAACGGAGUCAUACAUCAGUGACCAGUUGCACUAAAAUGCUUAUGUCAGACUUCAGGGAAAUGUCCUUUAUCCGAUUCAGCUGUUACAAUACUGUAAUUUGGCUUUUGAUUUUAACCCACACCUGUGGGAUUUCUACCAAUAACCUGUGUUUCCAAUCGCUGCAACGUGGCCCAGCCACACCCUGCACUCCAAAGUGAUUCAGGGACUGGCUGUUGAGAGUUGCUGAAUUAACCCUGACAGUGCUCUCUCCGCUGUGCCUCCGUUGUACAUUCUAUGGCCGUUAAAGGUUCUCAACUUCCCUGGUUUGAUUCAGAAUAUUGCUUAUUAAACUACAUAACGUUUUCAUAAAGAGAUUUCACCUGAUGCUCCUGAAGUAAAUUUUAGUCAUAAAGUUUUCAGUAUAAUACCACACAAAAGGCUAUAGUUUGUCAAUCUAUAUCAUGCACUAUGUUUUACCCUACUAUAGUGUGUAUUGCUUGGGUUUUGCUUCAGUCUUUUCCUAAUAAUCUUUUUUUACCAUGGUUGAUAAUGACUUGACCAGCACCUAAUUUUGUGUAACCAUACUUCAUCAGAUCUCGAGGAUAAUACUUCCAAAAUGAUUUUAAACACUGGAGAGCAUUUUCUUCUUUUUAAAAUGUUCUUCUGGUGGUGUAUAUUACCUGUCAAAGAAAUGGAGAAAUAUAGUGGUUUUAUAUGACAGUUCACCUUGACCAGAGAACACCUAUAGCCAAAAUGUCACUGUUACUCUUCAUAUUUGGAAUGUAGAUUGUUCUCUAGCUCUGGAGACAUGCUGUUCAUUUGGAAUAUUAAUAAGGACUUAGACAUUAGUGUAUUUACUUUAAUAAAAUUUAAUAUUAUUCACUAGAUUUUUAAUGUACCUGGGGUGUGGUGUGACAUUAAGUGGAGGGAGAGAUUCCUCUCAUUUUCCAGAUAUGCAUCAGUUUUUUUGGAAAAAAAAUGAACACAAUGGUGGUAUAUUCUAACAAUGCAUUAUUUUGGUUAUUUCAGAAAAGACAUGGUUAACAAUUACGAUAUGAAUUUGCUUGCUAGUGUUAUUUUGUUGUAACAAUUUUUUAAAGA